AUGGACGGGACGGGCGCGGACGGUGAAAACAAGGAGCGGGCGGCCGGAAAGCUGACUAAGGGUGAUGAGUGCCAGGAUGAGGAGGACAACGUGUUGCAGUGUAAGGAGCACUUUGUGGUGGAUCAUGAGCGCCCAGGUCAGUCAGGGUCCCCUGAACACUGUGAGAGUCAUUACUUUGAUGGGACUGAAAAGGAGACGAAGGAGAAAAAAAGUACCAACAGAAGUGGAAUGUCCACCAAGAAAGCACCAAGUGGAAUCCCUGGAGCUCCCUGCAGGCAGGACGAGGGUAGCCCAGCUGCUUGCCAGUCAUCCAAGUGUGCUGAAGCCCAGCAAUCCUACGAGGUGUCUUCAGUCUUGGAAUCCAGAAGUAGCCACGAUGCAACCAAGGAGGAGGGAAAAGAGGAAAAGGAGAAAAAAGCCUUACUUGAGAAUCCAGACAUCCUAUCAUCGGUCAGGAAGAAGUCCCGCACCUUCUAUAAUGCAGAGCAGCUAGAAGAGUUGGAGAAGGUGUUCCAUGAAGACCACUAUCCCGACACUGAGAAGAAGAUGGAGCUUGCAGCUGCGUUUGGUGUGAUGCCAAAGCGAAUCAUGAUCUGGUUUCAGAAUCGCAGGGCAAAGUGGCGGAAAUCGGAGAAGCUGAAUGCGAAAGGCAACAGAAAACAUCCAACAUCGUCACCUCUGUCACAUGAUUGUGGGUGGGGGACCUACUCUGUUUUCUCGUCUUUCCACAACAGGGCACCUCCUCUGCCUGUGCCUCCGUUGCCUGAUGUUGCUCGUGACCAAUCUGCUGUGCUGAGAGGAAACGCUGCAGCUGGGAACUGCUCCAGCCUGCUCAGAGCACAGCUUGCACCACUCUCCUCUGCCUCAGCCUCCUCGGUGGCAGGAACGGUGGCAUCUUGUGAAGAAGUUCAGGCGAAGAUGUCGCUACAGCUCGGUUUCAACUCCAGCAGAGUGGACAGCUUCAACUCCAGCAGAGUGGAGUGCUUCCCGAGCCUUCCCGGCCCUCCUCCCGUCCGCAGGGCCACCAACCUGUCCUUCAACCCCCACAGCCCUGCUGUUUCCAUGGCGCUGGACACUCCCAACAGUGAAUGCUGGUUGUCCAGUCAGGAAAAUGGCUCCAGGGAGGCCUUCACUUACAACAUCCAGAAUCAAGGCUUUAGUCCACCACCCUCCUGCCGUUACCCUGAGCAGCUGGAGACUGCAGGGAACCUGGAGACCAUGUACCGCCAGUACAGCAGCCAGGGGGGAAUUUACCAGCUGUCCCAAUAUUCCCAGCAGCACCAGCUCUCCCAGUUCUGCCAACUGCCAGAUCACCUGGCCACCAAUUUACUCUCCAGUGACCACCUCCCUCCUCCAACACCCACUGAGUCCCAUUCAGCUUUCCUGGCCUUACCUGGUAACACUGGAGCAGUAACCUAUGGAGCCACACAAGACUAUGGACAAAACCACAUGGGGGGACAGCUUGUGCCGCAGCAGUCAAGUGGAAUCUCAGACAUCACUGCCUAUCAGGCUGACCCUUGGAGUGAUUUCUACAUGCAGGAAGCUCAAUUCUCAAAUCAGCUGCACUCCCAAAUGCCAUUUUUUAGCACGGCAGAAGGACAGAACUUCACAGAGCCAUCUCUUCUUCAAGUGCCCAAUGGAACAGCACUGGGAUCCAUGUCACAGGCUGGAAAGCAAAAGGGAGUCACACCAGAUCAGAGUUCAAACCAGAGCCACCAAACAGAGCCAGAGUUGGCAUGGCCAUGGCUCGCUGAAAGAGAGAUGAUGUAGAGUGUUGUAACAAGAAAGGAGACACCACCGUUGGUAACUGAAAGGCCAGCUGAUUCUUUUUUUGGGGGGAAAAGGAAAGAAUUCCAAGACAGCAGCAGCUCCUAUGAAUGCAGGAUCAAAACUGUGGCAUGAAUGGGAAUGGAACUUCCUUUUUUCUGGUCUGCCAUCCGAGGCUGGUCCCGUUAUCCUGUACCUGGUUCUUAGAUUCAUCUGUUCAUAGAAAGGGGGACUUAGAAGUCAGUAAA